AGCCGCAAGUUCGGCUCAACCCUUUCGGCACGCCCCCAAGUGCCGGAAAAGACUUCCAUGGCAGGGAGAACCGUAUCCUGACUCCGAGAACGAACUCUCAGCAGCGUCACUGGACUGUAGAGGUCCGAUGCGUGCUGCGCAGGUGGUGCUGCAGGCGCUGCUACUGGCGCUUGUGGCUGCCGAAGAGGACAGCAUUUGCGAGACUGGAAUGGUGCUGCUGCAGCUGACGCAGAACAGGCUCCUCAAGCCGGCAGCCAGGCUGGUGCAGACAGCUACCGGCACUUUGUCCCAGCCUCCGCCCGAGGUGGUGCAUCAUCAUCGGGUGGAGCACGUGGAGUUGUUGUCCCAGACUCCUUUUUGGUGGAUGAUGGCGGUGGUCAUCGUGCUAGUCUCUAUCGCGAUCAUUAGGACCGACAUGGAGGAGAACCGGGCCGAGAGAGAGAGCAAGGCAGAGGGGAAGCUCGGGGAGUCGUCGACGAAGUCCUCGGAGAGUACCGCGGAUAUAUCUCCAGCACCGGAAACGAACCCAACGAGAGAGGUGCAGGAGGUUGACGGGAGAAAGCGCAAGGAGAUGGAGAUGUUCUACUCCUCAAACUCCUUGAGGAGGUUGAGCUUUUGCUUCCUGGCCCUGAACGCCAGCAUGAUCCUCUGGGGCAUCACACAGGAGUUCAUCAUGACGAAUGUGUACACGGGGCGCAAGGGUCAGCCCAUGCAGAUUCCCAGCCCGCUCUUCCUGGUCUUGUGCAACCGUGUCACGGCGGCCGCCUUCAGCGCCAUGCUGCUUUGGGUGCGCGGUAAGCCCCUCUUCUUCACUGGCUGCAUCGACAGUCUGGGCCCCGCGGUGAGUAACACCGUGGCAUCCUGGUCUCAGUAUGGCAGCCUGGCCUUCAUCUCCUUUGGCCUUCAGACCACUGCGAAGAGCACCAAGAUCCUACCAGUGGUGAUCAUCAGCUCCUUGCGGGGGAACUGGCACUCGCUGACGGACUAUGCGGAGUGCCUGGUGCUGACCUUCUCCUGCUUUGUCUUCGGGCACGAGUCGGAGGCGGAUACUGAUAUGGCCACCACCAACACAGGGGUCAUUCUGCUGGGCAUCUACAUCUUGUGCGACUCUUUGACGCCACACUUGCAGGAUAUCCUCUUCAAGAAGCACCCGGACAUCGACGUAGUGCAGGCGACCUUGUCUAUGGCCUGCUUUGCCUGUGGCUUGAUGGUGAUCGAGAUGACGAUCACUGGACAGCUGUUCCAGAGCAUUGGCUUCGUCUUUGAGUGUCCGGAGGCGAUCCUGCACAUGCUUGUGCUCUCGCUGGCCUCGACAGUGACGCAGUACAUGAUUUCCUUCACCAUCAAGCAUUUCGGGCCGGUGGUCUACACGCUCAUCGCCUCCACUCGGCAGGUGCUGUCGGUCAUCGUGUCUGCCAUUCUCUUCACCCACCACAUCUCGGGCUUGUCCUUCGUCGCCAUGUUCAUCAUCUUCGGCACCCUUUCGGUGCGAGCGCUGCGGCCCCUGGCCAAAGACCACCGAGAGCUCACCUCGGUGCAGCCCGAGGUCUUCCAGCACAUUCCCUUGCUGCAGUUCUCUGAGAAGCUCUACCGCUUCUCGCCCCUCUUUGUGUGCACGAUUGCGAUCCACAUUGUGUACCUUGUGUACACGAUCAUGCAGGAGUUCCUCUCCUCCCACACUUUCGAAGCGGAUCUCUUCAACUUCCCGCUGACCCUGGUCGCUCUCUCCCACUCGGCCGGUGCCCUGCUGUCCCUCUUCGCUCUGAGAAUGGGCGGGCACAGCUGGAGAACGCCAGGUCUGUGGAAGGCGCUGCUGCCGGGCUCCUCGGACCUGGUGGCCACCUCCCUGCAGCACGCGGCCAUCUACAAGAUGUUUUUCCCGGCGCAGUCUUUGAUGAAGACGCUGAAAGUGCUGCCGGUGAUGAUGGUCGGGAGCGUCUUGCGGAACCGUAUCUACAGCGGCCUGGAUUACGCAGAGGGGCUUCUACUCACCUGUUUGGUGGCCUUCUUUGUCUGGGACUUCCAGAUCAACGGCCUUCACGGCGAUCUCCAGAGAGAAACCUCCAUCGUGGGCAUCGGGAUGAUGCUGGGCUACUUGGUGGUGGACUCCUUCACCAGCAACUUCCAGGACCACAUCUACCAGACUGAAUCCCACCUGGAGCCCGGGCACAUGCUGCUGGGCAUGGAAGUCUUCUCGGCCGCGCUCGCCUGGAUCAUGACCCUGAUUUCUGGCGAGCUGCCGCAUGCGGCAACGUUCGUGCACGACCAUCCCGAGAUCUUGCUCUUCCUUGGGAUCUUUGCCAUGACGGCGGCUGUGGGGGCGCUGGCCUGUGUGCUCACUGUGCGCUUGUUCGGGCCCGCGGUGUUCACGCUGAUCAUGACCUCCCGGGCCAUCUUGAGCCUUCUCUUCUCCGUGAUCCUGUUCCAGCACAACGUGGCAUGGGAAGAGUGCCUCUGCCUGGUGGUGGUCUGUAUGGUCACCUUGCUGUCCUCCACGCGCCGCGUGGCCGCUCAGCUGCGGCAACUGGAGCAGAGCUAGCUGGAAAAGCGAAGCGGCC